CGCAGUCAGUCUGAGAGUCGGGGGCACAGGUUGAAAAGAGCUGGAGGAUUGAACAAUCAAAUACUGUCGGUUGCAGGUUGUAACCGGACCCAACGCACAAGCUGUUUUAGGUGUUGGAGUAAAUGCACUGAGCACUGAUUGAGCUUUCUUAAAGGAAGACAACCAUCCACUACCCUCCAGGACUUUUUCACACUGCAUAUUAGGAAGGUCUCAGCGCAGCGUGGGUGCCCAGGGAUCCACUGCCUGAGUGUGGGGAGAGCAACGGCCGAGACCUCAGAGACAUGAACCACACCAAGGGUGGCCUGGUCAUCUUCACCGCCAACUCACACCCCUCCAGCCGCGAGCUGAGCAAGAGGAUAGCAGAGCGGUUAGGGGUGGAGCUUGGCAAGGUGCAGGUAUACCAGGAAGCCAACAGAGAAACACGAGUACAGAUCCAAGAGUCAGUGCGAGGCAAAGAUGUCUUUGUGAUCCAGACAGUGUCCAAGGAUGUGAACACCACCAUAAUGGAGAUGCUGAUCAUGGUGUACGCGUGCAGGACAUCCUGUGCCAAAAGCAUCACGGGAGUCCUCCCCUACUUCCCCUACAGCAAGCAGUGUAAGAUGAGGAAAAGGGGCUCCAUCGUCUCUAAGCUUAUCGCCUCUAUGAUGUGUAAAGCUGGUCUCACCCACCUGAUCACCAUGGACCUCCAUCAGAAAGAGAUUCAAGGCUUCUUCAACAUCCCAGUGGACAAUCUGAGAGCCUCGCCCUUCCUGCUGCAGUACAUACAGGAAGAGAUCCCUGACUAUAGAAAUGCUGUGAUUGUGGCCAAAUCCCCAGCUUCUGCCAAAAGGGCUCAGUCAUUUGCAGAACGGCUGCGUCUGGGUAUAGCAGUGAUCCACGGUGAAGCUCAGGACGCAGAGUCAGACCAGGUAGACGGGCGACAUUCCCCACCCACCGUCAAGACCACUGGUGCCAUUCACCCCAGCAUGGAGAUACCAUUGUUGAUCCCUAAAGAGAAGCCUCCCAUCACUGUGGUAGGAGAUGUAGGGGGACGCAUCGCCAUCAUAGUGGACGAUAUCAUUGACGAUGUUGACAGUUUUGUGGCAGCGGCAGAGACGCUGAAGGAGAGGGGGGCCUACAAGAUAUACGUCAUGGCAACACACGGCCUCCUCUCCUCGGAGGCCCCGAGGUUCAUCGAGGAGUCUGCUAUCGAUGAGGUUGUGGUGACCAACACGAUUCCUCACGAGCUCCAGAAGCUUCAGUGUCCAAAGAUCAAAACAGCCGACAUCAGCAUGAUCCUGUCAGAGGCCAUCCGCCGCAUCCACAAUGGAGAGUCCAUGUCCUACCUGUUCCGCAACAUAGGAGUGGAUGACUAAACAACCUUUUACACACACAAACACACACAGAAACUUACCAACACGAUUCCUAUUUGCCUUCUUACACCUUUGCAGACACAUAGAUGAAUGAUCAACAUAGACAUACACAGAAAUAUCCAAUUCCCUACCUGUAUCAUACUGUACAAAUAGAUGCUAACCUUUUCCUGAGUGCAGCUUAACAUAGAAGAGUGACUGAACACACACACACACACACACAAACACACUCAUACAUGCACAUGCACACAGAUGAGUGAACACUUUAGCUCCUCGGUGUGACUGAACACACACUGAUCUGUGUCCUAAAUGGAUGUUAAUGGACUACUGCCUCUCACUCCAAUAGUGGCCCUCCUGUCAAACAGUACACAGCUCACCUUUUUGACUCCCCUCUUACCUUCUUUAGUUGCUUUUCCAUCUUACCUUCAUUUUUCCACUGAAAUUAAUGUUGAUGUUAAAUCUGUGCGUUAGAACAUUUGUUGGAACCGAAUGUCUCUUUCUAAUACUACGAGUAAAGGAGAUUGUACUGCAUGAGUGCCAGUGCCUUCUACAGGACAUACUCACAACACACAGGCCUUCUUCACUCCAAUACACAACUAUGUCUCAGCUAACGUUACUACUUCAUAUUGACCUUGUAAUUAGUCCAGGAUUAUUCAGGUUCCCAGCUAAUUAACGUGUGUAGAGUAUCAGAGUGCGUGUUUAAAUCCAAACCUUUGUCAGUUUUUGUUUAUUUGUGUUGUGUCUGAAUGUGCUACUAAUGCGUUUAGUUUAGACUGCUGCCAGUUAGCCAUAUGUCUGUGUGGUUGCCAUAGCACUUAGAUGCUAAUCUGGUGUCAAAUCUACUAAUUGCUAAAGUUGGAACUGGAAUUAAUACAGGAAAUAUCUCUCUGAUUCUCUCAAAUUCUCUGUCUAAUUGGAUGCUACAAACCUUUUAUGACAGUGCACCUGUGAAAUACAUAUUCAUGAGUCAUCCAUA